CGACCACCAGUGGCGGGAAAGUAACGGAAAAAAGGGCGCGAACUUUGACAGCUGUCAAAAUGUUACCGAGAAAAAGCUGCGUGAUAUUAUUACUGUUCUUGACGACGGUUCACAGUGCGAGUUUAUUUGAGCGUUCGUACGAAUAUGUAUUGAAUUUAGGCAAAAAUAUAGCGCCAAGUGUUAUGUCGAUUUUUGACUGUUUCGGCGAGGACGAGGCGUGGAAUUGUGCUAAGGAAAAGGCGGGCAAGAUCCUGGACAACUGGGACGAUGAGGUGGACAAACAGAGACGUCAGUGGCAGGAGGCGGCAGACGCUGAAGUGCGCGAGUCAGGGCGAGCAUUAGAUGCUAUGCCCUCGCAGCUCGGCUCCGAGGUGGAGCAGUCGCUGGCCGUCUUCGCCGAACUACUGCAGCAUGGAGUCGCCAGAGCGCUGGGCAGACGGACACAAGAUCACAUUGAAGAUUCUAAACCAGCGUCUGUUGUUAACAAUGAUAAGAAAAUAAAAAUGAGAAAACCAAAACCACCGAAGAUUCACCUUCUCAAUCCGAUACAGACAAAGAAAGAAGAAGGCAGAGGAUUCGCUCAGGGAAAAUUACAAUCAUGGGUUGUAGGUGCCAAAGAUGACGAGAAUUUUAAAACUGAUUCAUUACAUUCAGAAGAUGCUAGAAGUUCAUUGAACAAUCCAGAGUUUGAAAUAGAAGAUAUCGAUCAGGAAGACGCUGAAGUAGAACAGGCAAGAAAAGAAUGGAAUGAUUCAAAAAUCGGGUUGAACAGAAGAGGUAGAGGUCUGGUGUCAGAAAUGUGGGGAAUUGGGGAGCAAGCGCUGGACGCGUUGGCAGAGCAUGUAGUGCAAAACGAAAAUGUUGACAAUGGAAUCCAGGAUAAAAGUUCCUUUGAAGAGCAAAGAGGCAAAAAGAAGAAGAAGAAGAAGGCAAUUCUAAAGCUGCUUAUUCUGGGCGCGGUGCUCAAGGCUAAGAUAGGGACUCUGCUACAGAUAUUGUCCUUCAAACUACAGGUGAAAUUCUUCAUAAUCGCGCUGAUCGGUCUCGCCAUUAACUUGGCGAGGUUUUGGGUCGAGCUCAAGAACAAACAUCAUCAGCCUCAGAAGGUGAUCUACUACGAGCAUGCACAACAUCAGCAUCACUACGAGCACGAGGAUGAACCCGGCUGGGGACCCUGGGCGCGCAACAUCGACCCAGAGGACGCAGAUGUAGACGGGGAGGUGGACCGCAACAUGCGGCCGUACCGCGCGCAGGAGCGCAUCGCAACUCCCCGCCCACUGCUCACGCUCUCAUAACGCCGCAGACGUUCUUCCAGCGGUGCUGACUUACUGGACUCCUUGCUCACGUUCUCGAGACAUCGCAGCGCUGCUCCAGUCAACCAAUACUCGUACUCCAGUGCUACGAGUAGCUUAUACCAAGUGAAAUUAUAAAUUAAGUCUUAUUUUGAAUGUAUUUUUGCACAUUACAGUGUGUUAUGUUCACCUGACUUGUUCAUUACAGUUUUGUGUACUAUACUAUACUACUCUAUGUGUACUCUGUGUCAUGUUUCAAUUGUUCCAGCAAGUUAUAAUUCUUUACUAAGUUGUAGUUAAUUUUAGUAGUUUGUAAAAAAUAAUUUAUUUUACUUAGCAAUAGCGGUUUGAUUGUAUUUAUUUGUAUGAAUGUUGUGUGACUUAUGAAUAAUAAUAAAUACAUUAUUAUUGAUCAA